AUGUCUGUCAACAGCGGGGGACGCAGCCAGCCCUCAGCACCCGUCCAGAUAAGAACAGGUAGAUGGUUUAGAUACACCUGUCCAUACACCUGUUUGGAUGCAUACACCUGUUUACUAAUACACCUGCUCAUGUAAGUACAAUUGUUCAUAUCAGGACAGGUAAAUAGAUCUCGUACAUACACAUGUUUAGGUACAUAUAUAGACCCGUUCAGAUAUUCACCUGUCGGAUACAUGCACCUGUUCAGAUACAUAUACCUGUCCUGGUUCAUAUACCUGUUCAGGUAGCAGAGCUGAUUCAAAAUCUGUUUUCCCAAACCAAGACAUAACCAUACACUUCUUUGAGACAAGUUCUAAAACUGUCCCAGGACCUGUGGUUAGAAGGGCAGAAUGCCACAUAUCAGAAGUGGUCUUGAGUUUGUUACACUAAUUAGAAAGGGAAAGGACAAUUAGUAUCUAUUUCAUCUGAGCCACAUGGAAGAAUAGAUCACAGACAAUGAGUCUGUCCCACAACUUUCACUCACUCUUCAAAUGAAAUUAAAAGUUGUUUACUUAAGAUCCUAAUCAUGGCUGAAACACUCUGAGAGACAAAGGGCUGCUAUCUCCGACCUAGAGGCAUAAUGGAGUGCAGUUUCACAGCUCCAUUGUGAUAGUGGGUGCAUGUGGUGGAAACUGUGAUGCAGCGGUAACUAUCUCCCCAUUUGAACCUCAGAAUAUGAAAAGUGAAACCAUGAGAACUAGGUUGUCUCCUCUCCCCAAGAUUUUCCACAGGAAAAUACAUUUUAUUUGACACCUAACAAACAAAGAAUGAUGACUCUCUCUGUCUCUCUCUGUCUCUCCCCCCUCUCUCCCUCCCUUCCUUCAUCCCAACUGUCUAUCAAUUUAUUAAUCUACAGUUUCCUUACCAUCCCCAGUGGUGGUGGCUCCAGAGCUCAGCUCAACCUCUCCCAGUAAUGACACCAUCUUGGUGACCUGGUCUCCGGUAGACCACGCCGUCCUCUACACCCUCUGCAUCAUCAGGGAGGGCUCCGACUCCCGCCUCAAACUCAACACCAGCAAUCCCUUCACGAACUUUGAUAAACUGGAGCCCGGCACCACCUACCUCAUUAAGGGCACGGCCUGGGACCUGGACGGUUGCCCCGGAGACGACCUCACUGUGUGUCAGAUCACCCGUAAGCAUGGCAAUUGGGUGUUUGGUUAAUAAUAUUAACUUAAAAUAGCUUUUAUAUGACCAGGAAGUCUCUGGUAAGAGGUCGUAACCUUUGUCGAGAGAAAAACCUGGCAAGAUGACAGAAAGGGAAAAGCUAUUUAUACUUUGUGUAUAGACACAAUACUGAACAAUAGACACAAUUUAACACAUAUGACAAAGCCUGGCAGAAAGAGUCACUGGGUGGGAGAGGUUUGCUAUGGGGCUUGUAAACGUUUUCAUCAGAGCCUAUCCACCUAGUGGUAGGCCAACCUGGACUCAGGGGUAGACGUAGCAUAGUAAUAGUAAAUCUGUCUCCCUCUAUUUAGUAUGAUAUGUUACGUUUCGUAUGGUAUAUAUUAAUUUGUGCAUGUCCAUUUCAUAUGAUAUGUUAUGAAUUACAAUUCAUAUGAUAUGUUACGAAUUGCAAUUCGUACAAUAUGUUACGAAUUUGCAAUAUGUAUGAUAUGUUAUGAAUUCAUACUAAUUUGAAUGUCCCAGAUUUACAUUUACUACAGUAUGUUAUGUCUAGUCUAUGAGACCAGGCUGGGUAGGCAGAGUUAAUUACAACCCAGGUAUUACUGUAUAUGUCUGCACUGUGUUUGUGAUUUUCCUUGAAUAGAUGUAUGCAAGUCUAUCUCUCAGUGUGUCAAUCAGUGUGCUUAUGUGUAUGUUCAUCUACGUAUAUCAGUAAAUGUAUUUUUGUGUCUUUAAAUAAUCUCUCUCUGUCCCAGGUCCUCUCAGCCCUGAAGCCAUCCAGGUGUUGUUGACCCAAGGCAGGUCUGUGGAGUUGUCAGUCUACUGGCAGACGGUGCGUGGUGUGGAUGACUACUUGGCCAGGACCUCUACUGGUCAGAACUGCUCUGCCUCAGAGAGGUACUGUAUCAUCAGCCCACUGCGCUGCGGGCAGAACCACAGUGUGACUGUUACUGCCGAGAACAGUGCUGGACGCAGCGACCCCUCUGACCCUGAGGACUUCAUCACAUGUAUGUAUACACCUGGCCCUUGACCUCUGACCUCUCACCUGUGACCCCUAACCUAAUCUUAGGGAUAAGGUACGUGUAAUGUAAUCAUAUGCUAAUCUCUCUUGUGUCUCUCCAUCAGUCCCAUGCACUCCGGAGCGUAUCUGGGUAGAGGAGCGUGAGGCAGGCAGCUGCUUGGUGGCGUGGACCAAGAUGACCCUGGUGGAGCACUACAUGGCCUUCAUCAAGAGAGACGACCGACACCACCUGUCAAUUCCACUGCAUGUGUGGUUACACCUACCUCACCACAGUGUUCACCUACAACCAUGCUGGAUCCAGUCCUCCGGGAGAAGUGUUGAACUAUACUACUAGUAAGAGUUAUUAUACUUUCCACACACACAUACACACACACACACACACCUUUGUCAAGUCACUCACCUCUCUUUUCUUCCUCCUCAGUCCCCUGUUGUCCAGAGGAUGUUACCAUAGCACUGGUGUCCACAGAAACCCUGGAGAUCAUGUGGUCAUCAGUGCGAGGGGCGGAGCUAUACGAGACGACAACGGAGGAGUUUGAUGAUGUCAUCCACUGUAACGACACGGCGCCUCUGUGUGCUCUGUCCGACCUGCGCUGUAACACACAGUACAGUGUGGUGGUGACACCAUGCAGUGAGAUACGAGGCUGCAACCGCACCUGCAAACCUCACACACAUGAGACAGGUAACACAAACACAUCACACACACAAGACAGAUAACUCACACACACACAUUCACACAAGAAACAGGCAACACACACACACACACAUACAUACAAUGCAGGUAACAGACACAUACACACUGAAAACAAGUAAAAUAUAGACAAACAUAGCACUGGAAAUGUACGUUCACUUACAGUAACAUUACAUAGAAAAUGUCCAUAUAUUCCAUAUUUUCAUUUAUACUGUAUUUUCAAGAAUCCAAUCAAUCCAUUAAUAAAUGAACCAAUUAACCAAUCCAUUAACCCCUGGUUUCCCCUUCAGCUCCCUGUUCUCCAGAGAUCCUGAGUGUGUCUCAGAUCAACUCGUCCUCCAAUGUCAGUGUCCUGUACACGGCCUCCAACACCCUCAACACCAACUACACCAUCACAGCCGUGGGCCUCACCAACACACACACCUGUCAAUCCCUCUCCACCUCCUGUCAGCUCACACAGCUGUCUACCUAUGAUGUUACGGCGUACGCCAGCACGGCAGUGGGGCAAAGCCUGCCCAGCUACAGUGUGCCCCUGGAGACAGGUACGGGAAACCCUGUGUGAGAGAGUGAAUGUGUUUGUUAGGGCAAAUCUCAAAUUAUAUUUUAUUUAGUAAUGAGUAGUGCAAUAUGGGCCAUAUACAGUGCAUUCGGAAAGUAUUUAGACCAAUUCCCUUUUUCCACAUUUUGUUACGUUACAGACUUAUUCUAAAAUUGAUUAGAUUCAAUGUUUUUCUCAUCAAUCUACACACAAUACCUUAUAAUGACAAAACGAAAACAGGUUUUUAGAUUUGUUUUAAAACUCAGAAAUACCUUAUUUACAUAAGUAUUCAGACCCUUUGCUAUGAGACUCGAAAUUGAGCUCAGGUGCAUCCUGUUUCCAUUGAUCAUCCUUGAGAUGUUUCUACAACUUGAUUGGAGUCCACCUGUGGUAAAUUGAUUUAGAAAGGCACACACCUGUCUAUAUAAGGUCGCACAGUGCAUUUCAGAACAAAAACCAAGCCAUGAGGUCGAAGGAAUUGUCCGUAGAGCUCCGAGACAGGAUUGUGUCAAGGCAGCAGAUCAAAUUUAUUUGCAGCAUUGAAGAUCCCCAAGAACAUAGUGGCCUCCAUCAUUCAAAAUGGAAGAAGUUUGGAACCACCAAGACUCUUCCAGAAGCUGGCCGCGCGGCCAAACUGAGCAAUCGGGGAAGAAGGGCCUUGGUCAGGGAGGUGACCAAGAACCCGAUUGUCACUCUGACAGAGCUCCAGAGUUCCUCUGUGGAGAUGUGAGAACCUUCCAGAAGGACAACCAUCUCUACAGCAUUCCACCAAUCAGGCCUUUAUGGUAGAGUGGCCAGACGGAAGUCACUCCUCAGUAAAAGGCACAUGACAGCCCGCUUGGAGUUUGCCAAAAGGCACCUAAAGACUCUCAGACCAUGAGAAACAAGAUUCUCUGGUCUGAUGAAACCAAGAUUGAACUCUUUGGCCUGAAUGCCAAGCGUCACAUCUGGAGGAAACCUGGGACCAUCCCUACCGUGAAGCAUGGUGGUGGCAGCAUCAUGCUGUGGGGAUGUUUUCAGCAGCAGGGACUGGGAGACUAGUCAGGAUCGAGGGAAAGAUUAACGGAGCAGUACAGAGAGAUCCUUGAUGAAAACCUGCUCCAGAGCGCUCAGAACCUCCAACUGGGGCAAAGGUUCAUCUUCCAACAGGACAACGACCCUAAGCACACAGCCAAGACAACGCAGGAGUGGCUUCGGGACUUACACUCUCUCUCUGCCUUUUAUCUCUCGCUCUCUAGCUCUCUCUCUCUCUCUCUCUCUCUCCCUGCUCUCUUCGUCGCGGAGAAGCUCUCUGAUAGCCUCUCGUAUCGCUCUCUCUCUCUCUCUUCUCUCUCUCUCUUCUCUCUCUCUCUCUCUAUCUCUCUCUCUCUCUCUCUCUCUCUCUAUCUCUCUCAGGUGCCUGUUGUCCGUUGAGCGUGAAGCUCUACCGGAUGGCCAACAGCUUUCUGAGGGUAUACUGGCGCUCCUCGGGCCCCCAGAACCACACAGUGGACCUGAUUGGGACGGGCACCAACCACACCUGUGUUCCCUCACCCCUCAGCAGCUCCUGUGAUGUGUCGGAGGUCAUGUGUGGGGACGUCUACACUGUGGUGGUGGCACCUGUCAAUCAGGACGGGACCAAAGUCACCUUCUGUCCCCACAGGAUUUACUCUGGUAUGUGUGUAGGAAUGUCUACAGUGAGUUUGUGUCUAAUGGCAUUGUUCUCAUUCUCUUACAGUGUCCUGCUCUGGAAGCAAUGUAG